CGAUGCUCAGCUAAAGCCAUUCAAUGGAGAAAUUGGUCCUCGCGGUAUAUCCCUGAGCCCGGUUGAGCAUUUUUUUUUGUAGGGAUUGGCAAGUCAGCACUGGACAGUGUUAGGCUAGUGACGUCGAAUUGGCAUCCAAUAAGCUGCAGAGCCCACCUUACCGCUCUGUAAAACCAUGAGCGAGACUGGGGAAGAUGUACAAGGGCGACCCUUACGGAAUGUCACCUUACGAGUAUCUCAAAUCUUUUCGGCCUGUACUUUCUGUAAAGCUCGGAAGAUCAAGUGCAAUGGUGCAACUCCAGCAUGUGGUGGCUGCGUCAAGUUUGGCCGACAAGCAACAUGUUCUCUCUCAACGGAAUCUCCAAACCGUGGACGAGAUUAUCCAACUUAUCUUCGACAAAAGAUUGAUGCUGCCCAACAACGCCUCAGCCAACACAACGCUAGACAGAACAAUCUCACUUCGCCGUCAGAUACUGAGCGGUCCAACCGGAAUGAAUCCGCAGAGACGCAUCAACGGUCUAUCAUCGAUUCACUCAUAGCAGACAUCGGAGCACUUCCCAUCAUAGCGUGUUCAUAUCCAUCAGCCGCAGAAGGGCCGACACUAUCUUCACUUGUGCUCGCGACUGCAAGCACCAACCAACUCUCAUCAGCCCUGCGGUUAACUCAAGCUGAUGAUGUUGCACCAUGUUUACCCAAGGAGUCAACCGCCUUGAGCCUGGCAAAACAUUACUUUGAUCAGGUCUACCCACGAAUACCUUUCUUCUCCAUCCAGGGCUUCUGGGUGCAGUUCGAGCAUGUCUUCUCCGGCGUUGAUCCUCCUCGCGAGCGAGGACGAGACGGUCCACCGCAAGAUCCAGCGAGUGUUCUGACGCCGAGUCAGGAUGAUCUUGAUCGAUCUUCGAUAAGCCAUGGGUAUAGCUAUUUUACUGUUCUAUUGGUGCUAGCUAUAUCAGCUUCCAGUCUAUCACGAAGUGCCGAUAGCGUUAUAUCUACCCAAGCUCAACGGCUCUUCCGUACAGCAUUGACUUUUCGCGAGUCCGCAAUCUUACCUAACACAAUUAUUGGUGUGCAAUCAAUCUUGUUCCUGAUACAGUUCGCCACUCUCAACCCUUCGUUACUUGACGCCUGGUAUCUCAUCGGUGUCGGCAUGCGCAUGUGCGUUGAUCUCGGGUUGCAUCAAGAUCCACGGCCUCUUGAUUCGGUCGCGACAAGUCUUUUGGAAACAAGACGCCGUCUUUGGUGGAGCAUGUACUCUUUCGACCGGUCCAUGAGUUUGGGAUGUGGACGACCGACCGAGAUAUCUGACUCAGCUAUAAACGUAUCCCUGCCCACGUUCAGAAUUGAGACAUCGGCAACGGCUGUCGAGGUUCACGGCUAUCUACAGCGCUAUCGUGCAUUGCAGAUCCAGUCAGAGAUAUACAAUUGCCUGACUAAGUCUCCAGGCUCUGAAACAGGUGAUGCGCAAUCAGUUCAUGAACAACUCAGCAAGAAGUUGGGCGAUUGGAAAGACUCAAGCUCACAACUACCGAACAAGACUCUCAUUGAGAGUGAAUGGCUGAUGGGUCGCAUGUUACUUCUUAGACCAUGCAGACUCUUACCUCAACGCACUCAUGACGAGCUUGGUGAACUAUGGCAAGCAGCUGUUGGAUUCAUCGCGAUAUAUCGGCGGCUGGUGGAGUCUAACUCGAUAUUUUACGUGCAGAUUGCCUGCGAGAAAGUAUACUGGACUGGUCUUAUGGCGUUCUACAGGUACUGGCAGCUCCGCACCAGGAUCAAUCCAGAUGCCAAUACAAUGCGGCGACUCGAUGUUUGGAUGAUCGUCAAGGAUGUCAUGUUCAUCCUUCGGGCGUUGAGUGAGAGAUGGGAACAGGGGAAACUUCUGUGUGGGCGGUUUGAUGCCGUGAGCACUCGUGUCCUUGAGCUAUCAGAAAACGAUAGGGGAGCUGGUUUGCCUGUUGAAAUGCCUGUCGAGUUACAGAAUUUGGAACAGUAUACAAGCUUGACUGUUGUGUGGGCGUCGGGCGAUAAUAUGGAUCGGAGGGAUGAACAUGCGCUGGACACAAACGAGCUGCGACACUUAGUAUCUGAGAUGUUAUAA